AUGUAUCCACUGCGACUUAUAAAAGAGUCACGAAAAUCCAACACAAUGGGCGUGUCGAAGCUCGCUCUCUCCAAGCCCAAAGAUGAGGCCGGUAAAUCUUGGCCGGCUAUCGCCAUAGGCGCCUUUGUCGCCUUCGGCGGCGUUCUCUUCGGCUAUGAUACCGGCACUAUCGGCGGUAUCCUGGCCAUGGAGCACUGGAAAGAACUCUUCUCGACCGGUUACACGGAUUCUCAAGGUCACCCUGAUGUUUCUCCUUCCCAGUCCGCAGCGAUUGUCUCUAUUCUCUCGGCAGGCACCUUUUUCGGCGCCCUUUCCUCGCCGUUCCUCGGCGACUAUAUUGGUCGCCGAUGGGCACUCAUCGCAUCGUCCUGGGUCUUUAACUUGGGCGUUAUUCUCCAGACGGCAGCCACCUCGAUUCCCCUUUUCCUAGCUGGCCGAUUCAUGGCUGGUUUCGGUGUCGGUUUAAUCUCAGCUUUGAUUCCACUUUAUCAAUCUGAGACGGCCCCGAAAUGGAUCCGAGGCGCUAUUGUUGGUGCCUACCAGUUCGCCAUUACUAUCGGCCUUCUCCUUGCCGCAGUGGUGAAUAACGCAACCCAGGCACGAGAUGAUACUGGCUCAUACCGUAUCCCGAUCGCCGUGCAAUUCGCCUUCGCUCUCGUUUUGAUUGGCGGCAUGCUAGUGCUUCCAGAAACUCCCCGUUACCUUAUAAUGAAAGACAAGGUUGAGCAGGCCGCUCAGUCCCUAGCGAAGCUCCGGAGACUUGCCCCGGAUCAUCCCUCGAUUUUGGGAGAGCUGAGCGAAAUCAAAGCGAACCACGACUACGAACGGAACUUGACUAAAUCGAGCUACAUUGACUGUUUCCGCGGUCCGUUGGCCAAGAGACAAUGGACAGGCAUGGGACUCCAAGCCCUUCAGCAGUUCACUGGUAUCAAUUUCAUAUUUUACUACGGCACCCAGUACUUCAAAAAUUCCGGCAUGGACGACUCCUUCAUCAUUCAGGUCAUCACUUCAUGCGUCAAUGUUGGAUCGACUAUUCCUGGACUAUACGCCAUCGACAAAUGGGGACGCCGCCCUCUCCUUUUCUGGGGUGCCGUCGGUAUGUGCGUUUCGCAGUUUAUUGUCGCCAUGCUGGGAACUUUGACGACAGCCCAAGACAGUGUCGGUAACACUAUUGUCUAUAACGUCGCGGCUCAAAAGGCUGGCAUCGCCUUCAUCUGCAUCUAUAUCUUCUUCUUUGCCUCCACCUGGGGACCAAUCGCCUGGGUUGUCACUGGCGAGAUCUUUCCGCUGCACACGCGCGCCAAGAGCCUCUCCAUCACAACGGCAACCAACUGGCUACUCAACUGGGCCAUCGCGUACGCUACCCCCUAUCUAGUCAAUUAUGGGCCCGGUAACGCGAACCUGCAGUCCAAGAUCUUUUUCAUUUGGUUUGGCGCCUGUUUCGUCUGCGUGGCGUUUGUAUACUUCUUCAUUUACGAGACGAAAGGGCUUGCACUGGAAGAGGUCGACGAGCUAUACAACGAAGUCAGCGACGCGCGCAAGAGCACCAAGUGGCGGCCCACCAUUACUUUCAAGGAACGUGAGGCUGCUGCGGGUCACAUAGGCGUGCUGAGCGUUGGCGGUGAAAAGGCGGAUUCUGAGAGCAAUGGCCAUAGACUGAGCCACGAUAGUGCCGAGCACGACAGACGCACCGAGUCCGCCUGAGAUGAGACACUGGGAGCACUAUCUUCGGACCCUUCGGGACAAGCUCGUCAAGCGGACCUCACAGU